GCUGGAAACCUCUUUCCCUUCUAUCCCUCUGCCCCCAAGAUUCCCUCUCUCUGGUCCUUCCCAGUGGGGUCUGGGGGAGAUCAGGAGGUUGAAGGCGCCCGGGUCCUUGAGGCGGAGCAGGGAGGUGGGGGGCGCGGCUGGCCGGAGAGCCCUCCCUGCGUGGGGAGCGGGCUGAGCGCGGCUGGUGGGGGGCUCUUGCAGCCCUUACAAGGAGUUUGGUGGCGUUUGGGGCGGCCCCGCCCGCCGGGCUCCUCCCGCCCCUCCUCUCCGCCGAGUCUCAGCCUGCUAGGCGCUGGGCCGGCGAGUGCCAGGGAAGCCCGCGUCCGGAUCCCCGGGCCCCGACGGGCGGGCGCGCUGCUCGGGGCCCAGCGGCGGAACACCCGUGUCGCUCUCCACGGCGUCGCCAUGUCCUCGGUGUUCGGAAAACCCCGCGCGGGCAGCGGGCCGCAGAGCGCGCCUCUCGAGGUCAACCUGGCCAUCCUGGGGCGCCGCGGGGUUGGCAAGUCUGCUCUGACGGUGAAGUUUCUGACCAAGAGGUUUAUCAGCGAAUAUGACCCCAACUUGGAGGACACCUACAGCUCUGAAGAGACCGUGGACCACCAGCCUGUUCACCUGAGGGUCAUGGACACUGCAGACCUGGACAUCCCCAGGAACUCUGAGCGCUACCUGAACUGGGCGCACACCUUCCUGGUGGUGUACAGCGUCGACAGCCGCCAGAGCUUUGAGAGCAGCAGCGGCUACCUGGAGCUGCUUGCCCUGCAUGCGAAGGAGACACAGCGCACCUACCCUGCCCUGCUGCUGGGCAACAAGCUGGACAUGGCCCAGUACAGGCAAGUCACCAAAGCAGAGGGUGCAGCUUUGGCAGGCAGAUUCGGGUGCCUGUUUUUCGAGGUCUCUGCCUGCUUGGACUUUGAGCACGUGCAGCACGUCUUCCAUGAGGCAGUGCGAGAGGCGCGACGGGAGCUGGAGAAGAGCCCACUGGCCCGACCCCUUUUCAUCUCCGAGGAGAGGGCCGUGCCCCACCAGGCCCCACUCACCACCCGGCAUGGGCUGGCCAGCUGCACCUUCAACACACUUUCCACAGUCAGCCUGAAGGAGAUGCCCCCCGUAGCCCAGGCUAAGCUGGUCACUGUGAAGUCAUCCCGGGCCCAGAGCAAGCGCAAGGCACCUACCUUGACCCUACUGAAGGGCUUCAAGAUCUUCUGAGGGCCCCUUUUCAGGAAUCCCAGGCUCAAUAGCUGGGCAGGGCUGCAGAACAAGGGCUAGGUUGUCACCACCAGCCUUUCCCUCUAAUGCACUGAUUGUCCUCACCCUCUGGAGGACAGCUGACCCCACCUCCAGCAUCAAGCAAUGUCCCUAUACUUAAUGCCCUGUGUGAGCUAGAGGGACAAGCAGGGAUGCUACUCCUCCUCCCCAGGCCUUGUUCUCCAUGGUAGCCACCUGCAUCUGCGACCCUGGAAGGAAAACAGGCCCUGCAACAACUCAGAGACCUGGGGACAGCCUUAGGCAGGAAGAAAUUGCAAUGUGCAUCCUGCUGCCAUCACCUUUCCUGCCCCAGUUACAGCUGGGCCAGCUGUGGCACUUAAUGGGUGGUCUGGGUGGAGAGCUCCCAGAGGCCCUGUCAAUGUGUGGGCCUGAGAACACCGGCAGGAAAAACAGCCCUGAGGUCUUUGCGCCACCUGGUGGACAGGAAAGGCAGGGCAGCCUUUCAGAGGCUGAAGCCUGGCCCUCUGAGCCCCAGGCAGCAAACCCCACGGUUUACCCAUGAAAAUCUAGUUAAAGUAACCCAAUGGGACAACCUCGGUGGGACAAAGAAGUCCCAGGAAAGUGUAUUUCUGUAAGUUUGCCUCUGACUGAGGGCAGAAGGAUAGAUAAGGGCUGUGGGUUGUGGUUUUCCGGUGUAGAAAACCUGUAGCAUUUUUUCACCAGCAGGCAGGGUCCCCUUGUUUUCCUACCAUUAAGGACUCUACAGAGACCCUCGGAACCAGACUCCUCAAGUUUAACGAGAAAGACUACAGACCAGAGUUGUUCUCUCCAGUGGCAAUUAUCCAGGGCUCCUGGCAGUAUCAGACGCAUACAGUGGCACUCGAACCUGCCCACUCACAGGGAGAAACACCUGUUUGUACUUGGCUUUGGCAGGACCCAGUACUUCAGCAAUGGGUCUGAGUGUUCAAAGCUCACUUAUGUGAGAUAGGAACUAAAGAAUUUUGAGCUAAUAAAGCAUUUUUUUUUCGUAAAUUAGUUGGUGAUAUUAUCACAGCUUAUAUAUCAGAACACGAUGGCUGAGACAUGGGAUCAGGACACCAAGAAAGGGCUCUCAGAGGUAGGCAGCACAAUCAUUUUCCAACAUCGUUUUCCAAGACCCUUAGCAGAGAAGCAGGAGAGGCCUCUUAGAGGUGAGGGCUUGUAAAGGGGAAACUGAGCCCAGAAUCCUCUUCCUUCCCCUCUUAGCAGUCUCAGAAGCUUGGACUAAAAACAGUGCCUCUGGCUGGGUAUGGUGGCUCACACCUGUAAUCCCAGUGCUUUAGGAGGCCAAGGGAGGAAGAUUGCUUGAGGCCAGGAGUUCAAGACCAGCUUAAACAACACAGCAAGACUCUGUCUCUGCUGCCUGCUGGGAGUGGUGAUACACACAGGUAGUCCCAGGUACUUGGGACGCUGAGAUAGGAGGACCACUUGAGCCCAGGAAUUAAAGGUUACAGUGAACUGUGAUCAGGCCAAUGCACUCCAGCCUGGGCAACAGAGAGAGAGCCUGUCUCUAAAAACAAGAAAGGAAGAAAGAAAGACAAAAAGAAAACAGCAUCUCUCUAACUCAGUUUUCAGCCUCAUUCCCCAAAUGGAGAAGCUGAGGGCAGAGGGGAGCCGUGAGCUACUCAAGACCACAUGCUAAGAGUCCUGGCCCACAAGCUGGUGAUGGGUUUUGCGCUUUUGCUCCAAGCUCCAACACUUGGGUGUGUUUGUGUGUGGACCACGACCAUUUGAACAAACUAUGCAAUUCCAACAGGAUACUUCCAGAAGCAUUUUAAUAAAAUUUUUUUAAAUAAUAGAAUUUUAAAAUGGUCUGUGAAGCUAGUGAAUGAUGCCCCAUGAUCAUAUCAAUGUACACAGCUAUGAUUUAAUAAA